UCAAAACACGAGACAUCUGUGGCAUUGUGUGACAGAACUGCACAUUUUAGAGUGACCUUUUAUUUCCCCCAGCACAAGGUGCUCCUGUGUAAUUAUCAUGCUGUUUAAUCAGCGUCUUGAUAUGCACCUGUCCAGUGGAUGGAUUAUCUUGGCAACGGAGAAAGGCACACUAACAGGUGUAAACACAUUUGUGCACAAAGUUUGAGAGAAAUAAGCUUUUUGUGCGUACGGAACAUUUCUGGGAUCUUAUAUUUCAGCUCAUGAAACAUGGGGCACUUUACAUGUUAUGGUUAUAUUUCUGUUCAGUGUAUAUACUCUUUGUUGGGGUGUGAUUGGCAUUUCUUUGGAUUCCUCAUGCCUAACUCAUUGUUUGAAAAAAGUUUGGUCCAAAUCGGAUGUUUAGGUACUAUAUUUAUUGAAUAUUAUAUUAAUCCUACACAUUUAUAUGGCCAAUUUGGGUGCAAUCAAUUAGCUUAAUUUCUCAGAGAUCAAAUUAUAUUUGAAUAAAACAAGGUUUCAGGAAUGCUAAUCUUAUCUGUUGGUGGGUGUCGAAAUCCUCUUCCUUGUGCUUUUUGAAGUGGAACGACCCAAGAGAGAGACAUGAAGAAAGGGCCAGAUGAUGGUGAGUUUUGCCUGCAGUCCCAACAGUCUGUCCUAUAGGGGAAAGACAGAUGCAGGAGAAAGAAAAACAUGAGAGGAGGGGCUCGGGAGAUUGUUGCGCUUGGCUGUGAAACACCUCCCCACAGGCUCUGUCUCCCCGCCCACUCCAUUCUUGUGUGUGUGUGUGUGCUGCAGAUGUUCGGCAGAGGGAUGUUUUUGCGUGGCGGCUGCUCUGGCUUUUCUGUCACCGCGCAGAGCUGAGAGGAGGAGGAGGAGGAGGAGAGAGCAGCGCAGCAAAGAGAGAGUGAGAGUCUGCGUCCGUGUGCUUGUGUGUGCUAUGCAGGGAUCACUCUGUCUGGCUGCUGGUGAUUCGGUAGGAGCUUUUGGUGUGUGUAUGUAGACAUCCACUAUUCUGCUGUUGGUUGUGUGUUUAGCUCAGUAAGCCAUCGAGGAGGAGCUGUCAUAAGGUAGAUUGCAUGCUAUUUGCAUUUGACUGCUGCAGGAGACCGCCAGGAAAGGAGGGAGCGGGAAGGGGGGAGAGCGGGAACAAGUGAAAGAGAGAGCUAUUACCCUCCAUGUGCAUUGGUCUGUUUAUCUCCUCUACUGCUUGCUAGUGUUUAGCUUUGUGGCUGAUACGGCAUGUGUCUAUGAGUCAGGCUGAAGCCAUACUGUAAGUGAGGUCACAGCGCUGUAGUGGAGGAGACAAUGCUGGUAAUGAAUGUUCUCUCUGCGUAGGGGACGGACGGUGAGGUCAGCUGGGCUGCUGUGUUCUGAGCAUCAGACUCGGAAUUCUUCCACAGUGGAGAAACUCGGAGCUCCUGGUGGCUUUGUUUCAGUUGCCUGGCGGGACAGAAACAACGGUCUGAUUCAGUGUGGUCUGUGUCAGCCAGAGUGCAUGUGUGAGCUGAGCUUGGCAGGUGGCAGGAUUAGCGCUAGAUGUAGUGUGACUGUGGACCAGACACAGACCAUUCAUUCACACAUACUCUCACAUACAGGAGAGUUAGGGACUUAUCACUCGUUUGAUUUCAGUCAUUACAUGCAGCAUUAGAGCAGUGAGUCUGUUAGGCAGGCAGGCAGCUCUCCUUACACCUCAGGCUGCCAUUCCAUUACAGCAGUGUGCUUUUCGGGACUGACUCCGAUUUGCUUUUUGUAGCCAGCUGUGGAGCCCCUUGUUUCUCAUACCUGGCUUAUGGUUGAGAGGAAAGGUAUUCUAUCCUUGGAGUGCAGAGGGAUAUAGCCCCUAAGCUAUUUGAGAGAGUAAAUUCAGCAGGACUUUGGAAGACAGGCAUUGAGAUUGAGAUUGGAUCCGCUUGUAAAGCAAGAGCACGGCCAUUGAUAGGUAUUGUGAGGGGUAUAGUAAAGACUCAGUGGUGUGUGAAAUUGGUUGAGGGAUAGAGUGUGUGUUGGACAGUGUGUCAGACGGUGUGUGUGUGUGUCCAUUCUGUCACGCGUCAUGCUGUGCCCAGCGUCCUGCCUGCCUCUCCUAAGGGAGCUGGCUCAGUGGCGCUGCCUGCUAGGGUGGCACCGCCAACACGGGGUCAGUGCAGGGGUCACUGCAGGGGCUGGGCCGGGGUCAGAGGUUGGGGUGGGGGGGAUGAAUCGACCCGUCUGCCUCACCAAACCGCAACAUGGGAGCAAGUACGCGUCAGCUGGAUGCCUGCUGUCCCUCCACCACAGUGAGAAGCCUGAUCACGAGGAGGUGUGUGAGUUCCGUCCCUACACCUGCCCGUGUCCCGGGGCCUCCUGCAAGUGGCAAGGCUCCCUGGAGGCUGUCAUGCCUCACCUGAUGCACGCCCACAAGUCCAUCACCACCCUGCAGGGAGAGGACAUCGUCUUCCUGGCCACAGACAUCAACCUGCCGGGGGCCGUGGACUGGGUCAUGAUGCAGUCCUGCUUCGGCCACCACUUCAUGCUGGUCCUGGAGAAGCAGGAGAAGUACGAGGGCCACCAGCAGUUCUUUGCCGUGGUGCUGCUCAUCGGAACGAGGAAGCAGGCCGAGAACUUUGCCUACCGCCUGGAGCUCAACGGGAACCGGCGGCGCCUCACCUGGGAGGCCACGCCCCGCUCCAUCCACGACGGUGUGGCGGCCGCCAUCAUGAACAGCGACUGUCUGGUGUUUGACACAUCCAUCGCUCACCUGUUCGCCGACAACGGCAACCUGGGGAUCAACGUUACCAUCUCCAUGUGCUGAGCGGCUCAGAUGUGGAAACACAGACCCACAGGCUUCUCUCGUUCUCAGACAUACACAUGCGAUGGGCAGAAACCGGUGCACAGUGACUGACUGCUGUGCUGUACCUGCCUCCUGUGUGAUGCAGUAGACUGUGUGUGAGAGGAUAGGUGGGAUAUGGAGAGGAUGUGUGUGUUUUGCUGCUUGAGGCUCGUUGGCUCCCCAUAAUGCUUGAAUGGAGACUGGGCUGUAGAGUAGUUUCAGGGUUAGGGUGUUUGCCUGUCCUCUCAUUGUGUGUGCUGGAGACAGUGUACAGUAACCUACAUGCGGUGGGCUUUUGAUGACUGAUGCCGUACCCGCCCCCAGGACCCCUCCUCAACCGCUACCACCCCACUCACCCCUACCUCCUCUUCUGCCCAGCCAACCAGUGCCAGGCAAGAAGGACACUGCCAGUGUAAGAAAGGGCGGUCAGUCAAUGGGCUGCCACACAGCGGUAUUCAGAGAACCUCCACUUCAACCGUGAAUGGCCCCUGCAGAUGCAGCUUCCUAAUCCUCACAGCGAAUUAAGUUUCAGUAAAUUGGUCAGUGGACCAAUCAGGCCUCAGAUGCAUAUGGGCAGAGUCGGGCCUGAGAGUGACCAAUGCGCUGCCUCGGUCUGGGUUAGUGUGAGCUAAGCCGGGGUUGUUCAUGCCCUCCUAAAGGAUUGCACUGACUACUAACCAACUCCUCACUUUUCAGAACUGCAAAACUCAACCGUUUCCAUAAUUAGGCUAUGUCAAUUAUACCCCAAACAUGGUGUGUAUAAUAAAUAUUGAUGAUGGAUCCUGAUCUGAUUGUAAGCAAAAGACUGCAUGUAUAUCCGCCAUGUAGAAUAAAGACACAGAUCAGGUGGUUGUAGGCUCUCGUCAUAAUGCAUCAUAAAGGUUGCAUAAUGCCAUCGUAAGCAUGGUAUCAAACCUGUCAUAAGCCCUGUUUGGUGAAACCCUAGGGCCUAGUUAUUCACAUGGAUUCUGUAUUACAAUACAAACAACAAAAAGUAAAACAAUCUUAAGUUGAAUCUUUACAUUUUCAAACAACAAAGGUACAUUACUUCUCCAAAGUCACAAGCUCUAUUGCAUAAAACUCUGAUAGAUUGAAGGUUAGCUUGUUUGUUAACAAUGAAGUCCCUUUCUUUGGUAAGGUCAAUUGUCAUAGAAUUUCAUGAAUGAAAAACAGGUGUCAUGUCAUAUUUAAGAUGGCAUUAUGUUUGUUUUGACACAGAAAUCCUAUUCCUAGUGUGUGAGCGUACACGCGUGCAGGAGACUGUACCACUACUGUUCUGAUUGUGUUUUUCUCUGCAGCCACUCCUCACCAACACAGAUGAACAGUAUGGCGGAGGCACGCCUUCUCUCCUUAUUUGUUCCUCUGUAUGUCUCUUGAAACCGUUUGUUCUGCAGAACCUGGUUUAUCUUCAGUUCUUCUACGCUCUGAUUGAUAUACUGUAAUAUGGGGGCAGUUUUGACUCUUCCCCUCUGGUCAGUCAACCCACCACAGCCUUACUUUUGUACGUAACCUAACUAGCACUCCCAAGUUGGGAAGGCAUCUGUGAGGAUGACUAAGUUGGACUCACUCAGACCCACCCUCAGUGUCUUGAAUGGACUCUCGGUUUUUGUGGACUUUGGGGCAAAGUCCCAUGGCAUUGUGGGUAGAAAUGGGCAUUCCAUAGUACUCCAGCCAUGUACCUCGCCUUCACCCGGCGUCAUAGUAACCAAGCAACCAAAAACCCACCUUUUCAUAAAGUACCUCUGAUGACGUUGAUCACAGACAUGUCUGUAACCCGACAGAGUCCCCUCCUGCUCCCAGAGACACUGCAGUAUACCCCAAAUCACCCUCUGCUGAUCACCUCUGCCCCACUGCUCUGUCUUAUAAGUAUUUGUAAUAUGUAAAUGUUGGAUGACCAUAUAUUUUCUAAAAGUUGAUAGGAGAUUUUGUGUUCUGUUGUGUUAAUCUGAGAUGUGUUUGUGUUCACGGUUACUCAAACGGUUGUACAUAGGUUUUGAGGUUAUUUUCUGAGCUGUUGUAAUGACCUGCUAUCCUAUUUUAUUCUAGUGGUCAGUGUCCCUGCCUUACCCACUGAGUGGACAGACAUUUCUGCCAACACACUCUCCUUUGGGCAGGACGGCUCUGCAAUUGCUAUGGCUGAUCUGUAAUAUCUGCAAAAAAUGCAAACUGUGACGCUCACCUUUUUGUAACAUGGGCUUGAAGCCUUUAUUGCUGCAUCAUGAUCAGUUAUCAUGAGCCAUAGAGAACUGCAGAAAUCUGUGUGGAUUUCAUUAAUGAAUUGUUUAUGGGGCAAUGGGAGAUCAAAUCAAUGAAAACUAAGAGUCAGUGUCCACAAAAUUAGAUUUUAUGGUGCAUUUGUUACCACUUAGCAAAAUGAAAACAUCUUUUCCUGACAAAAACAUCUGUCCAUCUACCCAUAUAACUUAAACAUACAAUGGCAGUUGCACAUAUAAAUCCUUUGCAGCUACUGUCAUAUGAACACCAAGUCCUAGAAAUGCUAAUGAAUACCUAGGCCAGGGUUAACCAACUGGUGGCCCACAGGUGGUUUUAUUUGGCCCCCCAACUUUUCUGUAGUUAUGUUUUGGGGUGGCAGGUGGCCUAGUGGUUAGAGCGUUGGGAGCUCGAAUCCCCGAGCUGACAAGGUAAAAAAGAUAUCUGUCGUUCUGCCCAUGAACGAGGCAAUUAACCCACUGUUCCCCGGUAGGCCGUCAUUGUAAAUAAGAAUUUGUUCUUAACUGACUUGCCUAGUUAAAUGAAGGUUACAUUUAAAAAAUGUUCUGGGCCCCUGUCCAUCCACGAAAACAAAAAUGGUCCCGUGGCUGAAUGUAGUCGAUGAUCCCUGACCUAGGCUGUCAUUAUGUAGGCUAUAGAAAAAACACGUCUGACUAGAACUCUUCAUCUGCUUAAAUGUUGUCCUCUUGCACAAUGUUUUGUUCCGUAUGAUGUGUCAGGGUGUCAGAACAUUGAACAGAAACACAUUCCCAUCCAGCUGUAAAUCACCUAGAAUCAUUCUACAACCCGGAAAAGUACACAUUCUUUAUGUACCUCGGGAAUGACAACCCAUGUCUUGUACAUUCAUAGUACACAUGACGUCAUAGACAUCUUUUGUACAGCCAGACCCAAUACUUAUUUUCUCCCAAGUUUAGCCGAAUCCUAUCCUGGGAUGUUUCUAUAACAGCUGUAUGGGUGCAAUUUCUUUACUUAAUUUCAAUUGGGUCCCUAAAAAGUAUUUUCUUUGGGGGGGACACACGUUUUCCUCUCCUGUCCAUCCCAGCCUGGCCUCUGUUAAUCUGGGGCCCGGGUGAAGGCAGCGGUUGACCUCUGACCAGUCUGACAAGUGAAGCUCAGACCCAGAAGUCAUUAAAAAAAACGUUGAAUACAUCACAUCACCUAGGUAACCAACAUAGUAUAGCAUUGACGAUCUAUCCAUGCAGCCAGACAACAACGGGGCGACCAAAAUCCCAGUUAUUCGAGUGUGGCUUGUCUGCCUGGCCCCCCACUGGAAGAGCUAAAAGAGGAUAAGGAAGGGUUAACUCCUAAGGACAAAAUGGUGGCUCGUGCUCUAAUAUCGCUAUACCCCAGUUGGGUAUUUUCAUUGGAGCCCCGGUGUGAUGACAUUUACGGUGUUUCACAUGCCAACUAUCGACAGGCUCCUUCACACACUGAACCUCUUGGUGGAAUUAAAACAUUUCCUUAAUGGCAGAAUGUGCUUUACCUCUUUUUCCCUUUUAUGUUUUGACAAAAUGUUAAUUUAUUCUUGAUAUAUACAGUAUUUCUGUAUCUUUGCUUUGUUCCGUCUUAGAUGAUUAACUAUGUUGUGUUUUAAACAUCAUUUAGUGUGACAUUCAGCGAUACAGAUGAAUUGCAGUCAAAAUCCUGUUGAGCAGGUGUGAUCAUGUAAAUACAAUCUUUGUUAGUUCUGAAUUAUUCAUUUUUUCCCCCCAAGUAUCUUGUUUGUCUUUGGUUCUUCACUGAAUUAAAAAUUGCCUAAUGUUUUGGACAGUCUUUUCACCCAAAAUCACCUAUUUUUGGAGCCAAGAGGAAGCUCCUAUCUUGCGUUACCCAUAUUACUAUGUGUCUCUGUAUCACUUGAAAUCCAAUUUAAAAAUAAAAUGUUAUUUAUAAAGGCA